AUGGCUGCAGUUGAGAUUCGUGGUUUGAUCAGGAGUGGUAUCAACUUUUCGAACAUCAUAGGGGUGUACUUUUUCAUCGACACGUCGGUCAUUGUGAGUUUGAUGGUGCAGAUGGCCAGCAACUGGAGUCAGUUUCUCACAGAAAUCGAUAAGGUAGAACUUGUACUCCAACAAAAAUCUUACAAUCCGCUAAAAGUUCGCUUAAAUGUGAAUUGCUGGAGGAUGGCUGCUGGCUGGAUUGUUCUCGGAACUGUGGAGCACCUAUUUGCAACUUUCAAUGGCGUCUACAUUCAGUACAGGGAAUGGCUUCGGUGUAAUAAAGUGUACUCUUAUACCAUGGAGGUCUAUGCCCGUAGACGGUUUGCGUAUAUUUUCAACUGGAUGCCUUACAAUAUUCCGGUUUAUUUCUUUGCUCACUACGUGAUCUAUGCUGUAACGAUGGCUUGGACGUACCAGGAUGUGCUGAUCAUGGUCAUCAGUAUGUAUGUGAUUGCUCGUUAUCGGCAGUUCUUUGGCCGUGUUGAAGCUGCUGGGCCUCAACAGGAGCCAUUUUGGAUGGAGAUCCGAGAGCACUAUGUUAUGCUGAGUGAAUUCCUGGAGAAGGUGGACCAGCUGCUGUCACCGUUGGUGAUCAGUUCCUGUUGGAAUAACAUAUUUCUGAUAUGCUAUCAGUUGUUGCACAGUUUGGAGCAGAACCGUUUCGCAAUAUCCUUCGUCUACUGUUGCUACUCUCUUGGCUUCUUAAUUGGUCGCACCUGGACGACACUGCUGAUGGCUGCCAAUCUGAACCGAGAGAUAAGGAGCGCCCGGAGGGCGGUGCAUCGCAUUCCCAGUGAAUAUUGGUGCACGGAUCUGGAGCGGUACUAUCUGCAGCUGCGGGUGGAAGUGGGAGCACUUUCCGGAAAGCGGUUCUUCUAUUUAACUCAUCGGACUGUGUUCACUAUUGUAGCAUUGAUUUUCACUUAUGAACUGGUCAUGCUCAAAUACUCCCGGUUGGAAGCGGUUGCCGAAGUGUCUGGCAACUGUUCUGCGAUGGAUCUUUCACAAGCGGAUUGA